GUAUUACGGUCAGACAAUCAAUGAAUGACAAAUCUUCAGGAGCGUGGCGGGCGCCAAGUGCUUAAUUGGGUGGGCACUAUAAGCGCUAUCUUUUUGAAGUGAAUCCAAAUGAAUUAUGCCUUUCCUUUUUCAAGAUCUCCACGAUUCAUUCUGCCUUUAUGAGGGGUAAAGGAGAAAGGAAUUUCCUUUCAGUCCACUGGCUUCUUUUUCAAUGGCGUCCCUUUUCUUUAUAUAUAAACGAAAGAAGCCCUAAAACUUGAAGCCAUCAAAGGACGGAUUUGGCCUAAAAGUCUGCAAAAAUUUGUGCCUUGGGAAGGAUGAGAGAUUUGGGACUGAGAAGAUGGCAGUCUCUCUCUCUUACUGCCGCUUUCUUCAUCGUCCUCCUUUGCUUCCUUCUGUUUCACUCUUCUGAAUUUGUUCGAAGUGGUAGUCGGAGAAGGAUUUUGCUCAAGCCUCCAACUUCACACUCAGAAAGAGAAGAACUGGAUCAAGUUCUGACAAGAGCGACCAUGCCCGACAGAACAGUGAUCCUCACAAUGCUAGAUGAAGCAUGGGCAAGCCCUGGAUCUAUCAUUGAUGUUUUCCUAAGAAGUUUUAAGGUUGGGGAAGGGACAGAGAGAUUUUUGAAUCACCUAGUGAUCAUACCCAUGGACGCAAAAGCACUUAACUAUUGCAGAUCCUUGCAUCCCUAUUGCUUCUAUCCAUCCAUCUUUUCUCAUUAUCUUCGCAUCAUUGCACAACCCACGACAAGCCCAGAUGACAAUGUGUUCAUUUGGAAAAGAAACUACGUUCUGCUCCAGGUUCUUGAACUGGGUUACAACAUUAUCUUCACGGAUGCAGAUGUAAUGUGGCUCAGAAGUCCACUUUUACACUUUCAUCCCCAAAAUGAACUCACAAUCUCGUGUGAUUUCUCAAGUUAUGAGCAAAGGGGAGGUAACGUGCAAGAUGGGGGACUUUUCUUCCUGAAAUCAACAGCGAUAUCAAUUGAAUUCUUCAAGUACUUUAAUUUCAUGAAGGUUCUAUAUCCAAACUCACGAGUCAACAGGUCCCUCUGUUCGUAUAUUGUGCAGAAUCAAGACGUAGUUGCAGCGUAUGGCUUUCGCAUUCAGUAUGUGAACACAACUUAUUUCGGUGAAUUCUGCCACCGUAACAGGUAUCAGUUUAGGGAGGUUUAUAGCAUGCAUGCCAAUUGUUGUGAAGAUCUUAGAAGCAAAGUUCAUGACAUGGAGCUUGCUCUCCAUGAUUGGAUCCGCUUCAGAGCACGUUCUUCAGAUAAUUAUACUUGGAAGCCUACGGCUUUCAGGUGGAGAGCUCCACACAAGUGUCUGAUAUCAUGACAUGGAUAAUUGCCUCUACAGAUAUAUGCUUCCCAACCUACUGUUAAUAAAUACCAGCAAAUAGUUGCAAUUGGCAAAGAAAUAACAUCAUAUAAAAAUGCAAUGUGCAAAGAUAUGAAUAAUGUUUUUGUUUUUUUUCAAUCUUCUAAAUCUUAGACAGUCCAGCCAGAGUCAAGCUAAUCAUUGGUGUUAAACGACUUAGGCCAUGGCAUUAGCCAUUAAGACUUGUGUUAGUGGAAAUAGAAACAUAGAAAUUGCUGCUGUGUAACGAAGAAGCUAGUGACAGGAAAUACAAGGACUUACUGAUGAUCCUUUUUCUUUCGAUUGUUUCUUCGA